CUCUCUCUCUCUCUCUCUCUAAAUUAUCUAUUUCUUAAAAUACUCAAAAAAAAAAAAAAUUUUGCUGUUCCGUGAAAAAUGUCAGCUCCUACUCCCACGUCUCCGCCGUCGACUAACACCACCGCGCCUCCUCCGUCUACCAAUACUACCGCUCCUCCGCCAGCCACCCCUGCUGCCCCUCCACCCGCCACUCCGGCUGCUCCUCCUCCAUCUACUCCAGCAGCUCCUCCUCCUGCUACCCCGUCAGCUCCACCACCCGCCACUCCUGCAGCUCCUCCACCUGCUACCCCAUCAGCUCCACCACCCGCCACUCCUGCAGCUCCUCCACCUGCCACCCCAUCAGCUCCUCCACCUGCCACUCCAUCCCCUCCUGCUACCCCAUCAGCUCCGUCACCUGCCACUCCAUCCCCUCCUGCUACGUCCUCACCACCACCAACAUCAUCCUCCCCGCCUCCGCCUCCGCCUCGUUCUCCUCCUUCACUCUCUCCACCAGUCCCUUCACCGCCCACUUCUACCUCUCCCUCGCCGCCUUCAUCAACUCCCUCUCCUCCAUCUCCUCCUUCCUCUACGCCGUCUCCUCCUGCGACUUCUGGGAACCCGUCGACGCCUGCGACUAGGAGUCCUACCCCACCUUCUUCUGCUAAUGCGCCGCCGUCGAGUUCAUCGGAGAUAUCGACGGGGCUGGUAGUGGGGAUAGCUAUUGGAGGAGUGGCAAUUCUGUUAGUUUUGAGUUUGUUGUGCCUUUGUUGCAGGAAGAAGAGGAGGAGACGUGAUGAUGAGACUACGUACUAUGUUCCUCCACCUCCUCCUGGGCCGAAAGAUGGCCCCUAUGGUGGCCAACAGCAGCAUUGGCAACAAAAUGCACCCCCACCACCGGAUCGAGUUUUCACAGCAAUGCCAAAACCUAAUCCUCCUCCACCAGUUGCAUCAAGGCCCCCACAUCCUCCAGACCGCGUUUCGAUGCCUCCACCACCUUUCAUGAGUAGCAGUGGUGGCUCUAGUUCCAAUUAUUCUGGGUCUGAAAAUCCGCUUCCGCCACCUUCGCCAGGCAUUGCUUUGGGAUUCUCAAAGAGCACUUUUACCUACGAGGAAUUAGCAAGGGCCACAGAUGGUUUCUCAGAUGCUAACCUCCUUGGUCAAGGUGGUUUUGGGUAUGUGCACAAAGGAGUCCUUCCUAAUGGAAAAGAAGUAGCUGUCAAGCAGCUAAAAACUGGAAGUGGACAAGGAGAGCGUGAAUUUCAGGCAGAAAUUGAAAUUAUUAGUAGAGUGCAUCACAAACAUCUUGUUUCAUUGGUUGGAUAUUGCAUUACUGGGUCUCAGAGACUGCUUGUUUAUGAGUUUGUUCCAAACAACACUUUGGAGUUUCACUUACAUGGAAGGGGUCGACCUACAAUGGAUUGGCCUACUAGACUCAAAAUUGCUUUGGGGUCUGCAAAAGGACUUGCAUAUCUUCAUGAAGAUUGCCACCCUAAGAUCAUUCAUCGUGAUAUCAAGGCGGCUAAUAUACUAUUGGAUUUCAAAUUUGAGGCAAAGGUUGCAGAUUUUGGACUAGCAAAGUUCUCUUCUGAUGCUAAUACACAUGUCUCCACCAGGGUGAUGGGAACCUUUGGGUAUCUGGCUCCUGAAUAUGCAUCAAGUGGGAAGCUAACAGAUAAAUCUGAUGUGUUCUCUUUUGGGGUCAUGCUUCUGGAGUUGAUUACUGGAUGUAGGCCUGUUGACUCGACUCAGUCUUUUAUGGAGGACAGUUUGGUGGACUGGGCGAGGCCUUUACUCACACGGGCUCUAGAAGAUGGAAACUUUGAUACUCUGGCGGAUCCAAAACUGCAAAGUAGUUAUGACCACAAUGAGAUGGCUUGCAUGGUUGCUUGUGCUGCUGCUUGUGUGCGUCAUUCAGCACGGCGUCGUCCACGCAUGAGUCAGGUAGUCCGAGCUCUUGAAGGAGACGGUGCUCUCUCUGAUCUUAAUGAAGGAAUGAGACCUGGACAAAGCAGUGUGUACAGCUAUGGUAGUUCAGACUAUGACACUAGCCAAUACAAUGAAGAUUUGAAAAAAUUCAGGAAGAUGGCAUUAGGAAGCCAGGAGUAUGGUGCCAGUAGUGAAUACAGUGGACCAACCAGUGAAUAUGGUUUGUAUCCAUCUGGCUCAAGCAGUGAAGGCCAGAAUACACGAGAAAUGGAAAUGGGAAAGAUGAAGAGAAACAGCCAAGGUUUUAGUGGAAGCUCUAGACAAGUUGACAACUGAAGCCUAAAUUUUUCUGUAAAGAACCAGCCUCCGUUUUCUCAUACUCUCGCAUAGAUGUCACAAUGAUUGCAAGAAUGGCAUUUACAAUUUCUUUUACCCCUUAUUUUGAAAUUAUAAGUUUUAAUUUGUAUUCAAUAGUGCUUUUAUACAAGAAAAUAAUGAAAUGACAUGGUUGAUUCUUUUA